AUGGGUGACAGUUCCUCUGAUGAUGGCUUGCUUUCCAAUGUUGAAUUAGUUGACCAGGAUAAUGAGAACAUGGCACAAGCAUCAACACCAUCACAUAAAGUGUCCCAAAUCGAACCAGUCCAACCAUCCAGUGAAAAUGAAAACACCACUGCUCCACUCCCAACUUCUCCAAUAGAACAUCAAAUAUCCGAAGUCCAACCAGUCGAGGCAUCCAACAAGAAUGAGGACACCACCGCUGCACUCCCAACUCCUCCAACAGAGCAACCAUCAACACUAGCACCACAAGAUCUUCGAAUGGCAUCAGUUGCUGACCCGGGCACAGAAACAACCGAUUCACCAAUCCAACCUCUGGCAACAAUCCUAAAUCGGCAAGCAUCAACAUCAAUGCACGAUCGUGAACGGUCCCAACCACCUGACAACACUCCAGAACAUUGGCAGUUAAACAAUAUACCAUACAUGACGAAGGUUGCCAAUCUCAUAAAAUACAAAUUCUAUAAGAAUCUCCAGAGGGGUCAUGUUUAAUCAUUUAUUGAACAUUGGCGGCAGGCGAAAUUGAAGCAACAUUUCGACGAAAUCGCAUUCUGUACAAAACCUGAUCCCGAAAUCGGUGUGUGGCCGAGAAGUGUUCAACAUUGAGACGUUCGUGGAGCAACAUCCAGACAUCGUUCCCCACCUGGAACAACUGAACUGAACGUGAGGGUUUCAACAAGUUGUUGUCCUGUGGUCGAAGCAUUGAAGCAAAUCCUGAUGAGCAACGAACAGAUGACACUCCUCGACUGUCCUCCCAAACGUUUUGGACAACUAUCAAAAAAUGGCGGUGUUAAAGCAUUAGUGACAAAAGUGACUUAAAUAUGCAUUGGUAAUUAUUAUAUAUUAAUGCAUUACAUACACUUCUGAAGCAUUAGUGACAGAAUUAAUUAUACUAUUAUUAUACAUUGAUGAUAGGAUAGUUGAGUGAUAUAUGAUCACUUGCAUUAUUUGUCAUCAGAUUUUCAGGUGGAAUGGCAAGGUGCUACAUGAAAGUUACACGAUACCGGAUUCAUAUUGGAGCGACAUCAAUUUAAUGUCUUUUCCAGCCUUGUCUGCCCUCAUGUUAUAUUAUCAUAAUUUUAAGUGCCAAGUUCACCUAGAAGCAGUAAAAGUCGAUGUCGCUCCAAUGCGAAUCCAGUAUCGUGUAACUGGGGCCUAUCCUUCAUCAAUUAUUUAUGAGUUUUGGAAAUACCUAUCAUGGUACCUAUAUAUAUAUAUGUGUGUUUGUCGCAACAUAUUAGUGACUGAUAGUUUGAUCAUUCAAAACAAUGGCACAUUAGAUAAAACAUGUAAUAGGAGCCAUUGUAUCAGUUUAUUACAUUUUUGACAGCGUUUUGUAUAACACAAUUUAUUCAAUUCAAUGUUUCAAUAAGAUAAUUUUCAUAAUCAUAUGGAAAACACAUUCACCGGACUAGGUACAGACAAAUCGUCGAGAGCGAAUCAACCUUAGGUUUAAUAAGUUCUUGGUAUGUUUGCAUGGUGAUAAAAUAUAAUAGGUUUUGUUUGUGGAAACACCACGUAAAUUUAUUACUGCAAAGCUUUCGAUCCGUAAGCCCGGAUCUUCAUCAGUGCUAAUAAUAUGUGACUUGUUUAAUUCACACGCUGUUUUUAUAUACAAAAGUGUCGUGAUCUGUUGGCUCGCGUCAUUUGAAAUUUAAUUAAACGGCACAUCAACCACGUCAUUCCAAACGUACUGAAGUGAUUCCAAUUAACGCCCGCGCAUCCAAGACAAGAGAAAUUAAUUUUGCACAUUAAAGAGAGCACGCCACGUACUAUCUAGUGGCUUUCCCUCCUUGGCGAUCCAAUGGGAAGUCCAUUGUCGCCUGUUAUGGCUAAUUUGUUCAUGGAGGAAUUUGAAAAGAAGGCCUUAUCUACUGCAAAGUUGAAACCUGGUUUCUGGUUCAGAUACGUGGAUGAUACAUUGAGUAGCUGGUCUCAUGGACUAGAUAAUCUACAAAAGUUUCUAGACCACAUUAAUAGUUUGCAUCCAUCGAUCAAGAUCUUAGAUGUUCUUUUCACUAUACAUGAUGAUGGGUCGCUAGGACAUAAGGUUUAUAGGAAACCAACACAUACAGACAGGUAUCUGCAUUAUAAUUCAUUUCAUCAUCCUAGUAUCAAAAACUCUGUGUGUAAGACACUCAUCAACCGAGCGAAAACAAUUUGUGAGGUAAGUAACGUUGACAAUGAAUUAGAACAUUUAAGAAAUGUUCUAAAAACGAAUGGUUACCCACGGCAUUUCAUAGAUAAUGCUAUGAAAACGCCACAAAGUAUACAGCAGAAGAUUGAGUAUCAGUCGUCUGUUUGUCUACCAUACAUUGGCCCAGCUUCACACAAAAUCGAAAGAAUUUUGAGGAAUGAAGCAGGUAUAAAGGUAUACCAUUCCAGCGAAAACAAAUUGUUUCGAGCUCUUUGCACACAUAAGGACAAUGUAAAUGAAUCUCAGAAACCUGGUGUGUACCGCAUUCCUUGUGAAUGUGGUCUGGUUUAUAUUGGUGAAACUGGUCGAAAUCUCUCACUACGUCUUAAGGAACACAAGACGAAUUGCGAGAAAGCCGAGCAAGAUAAAUCUGCUGUGGCUAAACAUACUUGGACUUACGACCAUCGUAUAAAAUGGGACGAAGCAACCAUUCUGGUGAUUGAUAGUCACAAGUUCUCUCGCAAAAUGAGAGAGUCAAUUGAAAUUGAGAAGCACAAUACUAUAGAUCAGGAGGGAAAGCCACUAGAUAGUACGUGGCGUGCUCUCUUUAAUGUGCAAAAUUAAUUUCUCUUGUCUUGGAUGCGCGUGCGUUAAUUGGAAUCACUUCACUACGUUUGGAAUGACGUGGUUGAUGUGCCGUUUAAUUAAAUUUCAAAUGACGCAAGCCAACAGAUCACGACACUUUUGUAUAUAAAAACAGCGUGUGAAUUAAACAAGUCACAUAUUAUUAGCACUGAUGAAGAUCCGGGCUUACGGAUCGAAAGCUUUGCAGUAAUAAAUUUACGUGGUGUUUCCACAAACAAAACCUAUUAACCUUAGGUUUGUUCAACAAAACGAACAGUGUGAUUAUGAACCAUUACUAUGUAAAUGAACAUGCGUUGCAUGAUUUGUUAAUGUUAAUUACAUGCUUGUUUUGUUUUUGUAACUUUCAUGUUUAUUUGCUGUGACAUUGACUUUGAUGUGAUACUGGCUCUGCCCAUACCAAUAAACAUCAAAGUUACACAAUUAGAAGGACUUCAUUGCUGGACAGUGCAUGUUCGAUUAGAAAUGGCGGUAUGGAGUGUGAAAGGAUUUAAGCACAUAAUUUAAUCUGCUUAAUAGACCAUAUAUUUGUAAAAUUAGUUAUAGUAUCUCCAUUUUGAGUGGAAAAUGUUGUAUGCUCUUCAAUGGGCAAACAGUUGUAAGAGUGAAAUCCAAAUAAAUCAAAUCCUAAAUAUGCACGAAGUUAUAAAAAUACACGGCGGUCGGUUGCUAUGCAAAAUCCUCCCGGAAGCGCAGGCUCGCAUUCCCACCAAAAUGUUCAAAUAUGGCGGCCGGCAAUGUCUCUUCGAAGUUAUCUAAUCUAAACUUAGGCGCGGAUAACAAUGAAAUGGAGAGACCAAAGCAUUUUUGGAACCAAGCUUUGGUGGCUAUGAAGUUUAAUUUCGAGCCUACCUCGCUUGACGCAACAUGGAAGGCCGAACAAAAACCAAAUUUCGGAAUGCGAAAUUUGCACUAAGCCGUACGGUUACCGCGGUAUUGCAGAAUAUACACAAUAUACUCUACCACUGUACCAGUAUACACUGCAUAUUUUGUAUACAUAUGCUUUACAGUGUAUACUCAUCUACUAUACACAAUAUACAUGUGAGAAACACGGUCAGUAUAAUCUGCAGACUGCAGACCGGACUGGGUACAAAAUGCAGACCGGACUGGGUACAAAAUGCAGACUGGGGGUAUAAAAUGCAGACUGAGGAUAAAAUGCAGACUGGGGGUGAAUUAGGGAUAUUUUACAAAUUCCCGCCAAGCCAUAGUCACAUGAUCGUUGUUGUUGAUAAUAUUAAUGUCGAAGCUAGUCACUUUCAUCAAAAUGGACGAAGAAGACAGCGAAGUAGAGGUAUUGAUAUUAUAAUAUGAAUAUUUAUAUUAUUCUCAUUCAACCGUAAAACUUGAUAACUUUAACACAUUUCUUUGCGUUUAAUAUUUGAACAUUUGGUUACUUUGCAUUAGAUCGGAACAAUGAAAUCUGGACGUUUUGAGUGUGAAAUUUUAAUGGUAUAUAUCGUGUCGACUGUUGACAAGCACUCUACUCAUAUAUGUUUCAAAACUCGGCAAACGCAAGCUUGCUAUUGGUCUAUAUAUGUAUAUGAACUUGAAUUACAGGAGCGAAACGCUUGAAAAUAUGAAAAAUUGCUAAUACAAAACCAUGUGCUUGACAGUUGACAUGAUAUAUACCAUUACAAUUUCACACUCAAAACCAUUACAAUUUCACACUCAAAACGUCCAGAUUUCAUUGUUCCGAUCUAAUGCAACGUAACCAAACGUUCAAAUAUUAAACGCAAAGAAAUAUUAUCAAGUUUUACAGUUGAAUGAGAAUAAAUUAUAUAAAUAUUCAUAUAAUAUCAAUACCUCUACAUCGCUGUCUUCGUCCAUUUUGACUAUGGCUUGGCGGGAAUUUGUAAAAUAUCCCUAAUUCACCCCCAGUCUGCAUUUUAUCCUUAGUCUGCAUUUUAUACCCCCAGUCUGCAUUUUGUACCCAGUCCGGUCUGCAGUCUGCAGAUUAUACUGACCGGUGAGAAACAUGUCUAUAGUCAAAACUGUAUAUUCUCUCAAUCUCGCUUUUAUCAACUUGCUAUAGCUAGUCUAUAUAUAUUGUGUAUAUAGUGUAUAGACUAUGGUAUACAUAUACAAAAUAUACACAAUAUACAUGCCUAUUUAGACAUAGUCAAAACUGUAUAUACUGUAUAUUCUCGCUUAAUUUUAUCAACUUGAUUGUAAAUAUUAAUGCAUGCAGAUAUAUGAAACGUUGUUUUGUAAUCAAAUAUUCUAUUACACAUUUUAGCACUCAAACCGGUCUUAUAGUUAUAUUUAUACCUACAAGUCAUAAAGGCAUGUUUCGUUGUUCUUUAAAGAAUCCCGCUUUAUAUACAAUCAAUGACGCAUAGUCAUAUGAUACAUAAAUCAUAAAGGCAUAUAUGUUUCCUUCUUCCUAAAAAAAUCCCGCUUUAUACAUUCAGUGACUGACACACAGUCAUAUGAUACAUAAGUCAUAAAGGCAUGCACGUUUCCUCGUUCUUAAAAAAAUCCCGAUAUUCACUGAUAUUCACUCAAACACUCCCUAUACAGUAUACAUACUUUAAAUUUGACUAUAUACUGAUAAUACGUAUAUUGAGUAUAUAUGUAGCCUAUACACUAUAUAGCCUACAUACACAGUAUACACUAUAUAUAGCUACUCUUUGACAUUCAGUCAAACAGGCAAUAUGACACUAUAUAUACUCUUUGACAUUCACUUAAACACUCACUAUAUACACUAUGUACAUUUCUGACAAUAUACUGAUAAUAUACGUAUAUAUAUAUACAAUACACAAUAUAGCCUACACUAUAUAUUCUUUGACAUUCACUCACUCACUCCUAUAUAUACACCAGAUACAAUUUUGACAAUACAUUGUCUAUUGUGAAUAUGUAUAUAUAGGCUGCAGAAUAUGCACAAAUAUAUCCUACAUGUCUAUAGUGUAUACAUAUAUGCAUUAUACAAUCUAUUCUGUAUAUAUACACACUGUUUACACAAUAGACAUAAAGUGUAGGCUAUAUUCUGCAAUAUCUGGGCAUGCUCGAAAUAUUGAGGGUUAUUUUAUAUUUUUCAUAAUAAAUACACCUUACGGAAUCUUUCUCAGGUAUCAGUUACAUUAAUAAUAUACCUGAAUUCAGUGUCAACACGAAUUUUGUGCUCAUGCCACAUCAAUAUUAAUCAAUAUCAUAUUUAUGUGGAACACUGCACUGUAAAUCAGUUUGAAUUAGUAUGCACAUGAGUGCAUGCCAAUGAACCAUUCACUGAUCUGCAAAUGAGCUGUAUAUGUAAAUACAUAAAGCCGUGGAUCAAUGGACUAAAUAUUAGUGUUAAAAUUAGCUGUAAUUUCAAGAGUCAAUCGAAAAAAGUAAAUAGCUUUUAACAACAGUAUCAUGUUCAAUCUAGGUCAUUGGUAUUGUUUAAUAUAUGACGGCCUGUAUGGUUCAAUGAUAAUACAAUCAUAAUAGGGAAUAGUACAAUUUCUUCUUCCAAUUGUCUGAGGACCUGAACCAUCUGGUUCCCUGCAAACACCAUCUGGCACGACCUUAAGACCUUGAAUAGACUAUCUAAUAUUAUUACAGUCAUAUACAAGUAUUAUAAUAAUACAUACAAUUAAACCUCAUAUUAACUGGAAAUAAUUUCACUAACUGGUUGUAGAUGCCUGUUCCUCUGUAUAUUUUGCAAGCUCUUCUAGUUCCUGCCUUUUGGACGAAAUUUGAUAGUCGGCCUGGUUUAAAUUUGCUUCCCAACAUUGAAUUUCCUUCCUCUGACUGAUCACUUCAGCUCGACUUGCCUUGAGAUUGUAUACAGGAGAAUUCACCCAGAAUUUGCAAGACUGCUUCUCAGAAUUACAUUUUCCUCUAUGAUUUGAACUCUUAUUACACCUUUUACCUUUUCUGCAUGUAGAUAAUGGGCUAUAAAUAUCAAUACACAUUAUAAUAAAUGAAAAUUAACGAUAUACUUCGAGACGAAGGAAUCCAAUAUGGCGAACGCAUAUUGCUAUAAAUAUGCAAAUGAAACAUGAUUUCGAACGAAGUUUCUUACCUAUUUCCUGAGCUUGAUCCCAGUUUAAAUGAAACAAAAUAAGAUGAUUUCCAACUUUGAUUUUAGUUUUUCUUCCGAGAAUGAGAUGAUAUCGACAGGAUGAGAAUGAUAUCGACAGGGAUUGGCAGCAGUGGAAGGAUGUUUUCUUGGCUGCUGUGAACGAUUUUAUAUCAUCUAAGAAACUAAUGGGUCGUAACCCAUUACCAUGGAUAAACGGCACUAUACUGAAUAUGAUUAGGAGGAAAAAUACCCUUCGCCAAAAGUUAAGAUCUCGUCCUACAGAAUGUCUGAAAUAUAAAUUCAGAUGUAUGCGGACCGAAGUAAAGAAGUCACUUAAAGAAGCCCGUGAAAGUUACUUUGAGUUGGCAAAUGCUGAUUUCAGAACAAAUCCAAAGCGCUUGUGGUCAAUUCUGAAAUUAAAAUCAAAAUCCAGAGAUAUACCUGGUUUAGUUUCUAUGGAAAAUGAAAUACACAGUCAUCAAACAGCAGAGCAGUCAAAUCCGCGAGAAAAUGCUGACACUCCAGAGGAAAUUGCGAACUUGUUUAACAGGUACUUUAGUUCCGUAUAUACCAUCACAGAGGACUCACGUCUAGAUGCAUCGUGCGAAGUUACAGAAUGUAUUGCCGACACGUUGGUUGAUUCGUUGAUUCUUUCAGUCACAGAAGUGCAAGAAAUUCUUAAAACUCUCGAUAUUAGUAAAGCUACCGGACCGGACGGAAUUCCUGCCAAACUGCUAAAAGAAACUGCAUCGGUAAUUGCACCAUCUUUGUGCAAAUUAUUUAAUAAAUCUUUAAGGACUGGAGAAAUGCCGAGGGAUUGGAAAUUAGCCAACAUGGUUCCUAUUUAUAAAAAGAACGAACGAGAACAUGUAGAAAACUAUCGUCCAAUAUCUCUAUUGUCAGUAAUUUCAAAAGUCUUAGAACGUUGCAUAUUAAACAACAUCAAAGAUCAGUUGUAUAAGUCAAUUCCAGCAUGUCAACAUGGAUAUUUAACUGGAAAGUCGUGUGUUACUAAUUUACUCGAGGCGCUAGAUCAUGUUGGUUCAUUACUCGACCACGGAGAACAGAUAGAUCUUGUGUAUUUGGACAUGUCAAAGGCAUUUGACAUGGUCAGCCACAAUCGAUUGAUACAGAAAUUAUACAAGGCUGGUUUCAGUGGAAAUUUGCUUAAGUGGUUUCGCUCAUACCUAUCUGAACGUCGACAACGUGUUACCGUUAUGGGUGCUACUUCGGAUGAGCUUCCUGUUACUUCCGGGGUGCCCCAAGGAUCCAUAUUGGGUCCUGUUUUCUUCUUGUUGUACGUUAGCGAUUUGCCAAAAUUAAUUUCUAAUAGUCGUGCUACAAUGUAUGCUGAUGAUAUAAAGAUGGGCAGACAACUUAGAAAUCUAGAGGAUACUAAUUUGCUACAGUCUGAUCUUGACAGCUUGCAAACCUGGUCCGUCGCCUCAGGCCUUGUUUUUAAUGCAACGAAGUGCAAAGCUAUGAGUGUUACUAGAAAAAUCAAGGCGGUUUCAACAACAUAUAGACUUACUGAUACUGAUCUCGAAAAGAUUGAAGAUGAACGAGAUCUAGGUGUAUGGACUACAAACAAAUUAACCUGGAAUAAACAAGUCUCAGAACAAGCUGGCAAGGCCAAUAAACUUUUAGGAUAUAUUAAGCGAAACACCAUUUAUAUCAAAGGUGUAUCAAUCAGGCGUACGCUCUAUCUAGGACUGAUUCGACCUCAUUUAGGUUAUGCCACCCAGAUGUGGGCUCCGCAGUUCGUCCAAUUAAUUGGUAAAUUAGAGCGCAUACAAAGGCGUGCAACGAGAUAUAUUCUUAGCAUACCAUACAGUUCUAAUGUAGAUUACACUCUUCGAUUGAAAAAAUUGAAUCUUAUCCCUAUUACCUAUUGGCAUGAACUGCAGGAUAUGAUAUUUUUCUUCAAGAUCAUUCACCGACUAGUCAUUAUAGAUCAUACCGUUAUACCUACGGCCAGAAACACUAGGUCGACCAGAUCAUCAGCGAGCAACGUGAUAAAGUUUGUAGUGCCAAAAUGCAAGACAACCACAUAUCAGCGUUCUUACUUUGUACGAACAUGUAGAGUAUGGAACGUUUUGGCAGAUGAACUUUGUUUGAGUACUAACAACCUGAUAUCUUUUAAACCAAUCAUGCUCAAUUAUUACAAAGCAUCAUUGUGAUAUUAUCAAUGGGACGAUCCGCGCUCUUUCAAAACAGUUUGCAUCAAGUGUAAUCGAGGACGUCCGCUGAACAAACCAAUUUCUUGUUGCAUUUAACUGUAAGAACAUUCAUUAUUGUUUUUUAUAAAUAUUUAAACAUAGGGCCCACGGUAAUUGGCAACUGCUGUUGUGGUGACCCUGCCAUUUUACUUACUAGGGUAAUUUAGUAGUUUUUUGUAUAUGUAAAGUACGUCUUUUUCAGUGGCAAAUUUAAUAAAUUCAAAUUAAUAAAUUCAAAGUUAUCGCGAUUAUUCGACGAAAAUAUGGCGAAAUUUCCGGUUUUGUUGAAUUUACACGGAAUAUAUACACUACUAAGGGGGAGAAUAAAAGUGAAAAUGUGUUAUUUCACUUUGCCUUUCCUAGGGGACCCUUCAUGGUAAAUUUUGUCGCAAGCAGUCGCCAUAGAAACAUGAAAUUUGUCUUAAAGUAGGGUCAGUUCGACGGGCAUUUUAAACUUAUUUCGCAACAUAUUGGGAAAAUUGACAACAUAUAUCACUUUCGAGAGUGUAGUUUGUUCUAUUAAAAUAUUUAAAAAACAAUUUCACUGCGAAAAAAGCUUGAAAAAUUCAAAAUAAUACCUAGCUAUUUCGCCACUCAUAUAAAUUGCUUGCGCCAUUGUUUAGGUGUCAUGUGACCAACCAGUUGAUGAGGGAGGAAUUUGCAUAGCAACCAACCACCGUGAUAUGUGUUCUUUUCUUUUACAUAAUAUCAAAUUAUCUUUUUACUAAUGUGUAUAUUAAUUAAAAUAGCCAAGUGCAAUUUUUUCCUUAGUGUCAACCAAGUUUUAUAGCAUUGAUCAACACUUACAACACUUAUACAUAGAAAAAAACUUCACCCGGCCAGUUUUGUAGCUAUAUCUUGGAUUUUUUCUAAGUGUUGAGUGAAUUUAUUUUCUACAGAAGAUGAUCGGCUACCAGUUAACAAUAGAAAUCCAAGUAAAUUCGACCGGGUAACGACCAGCUAACAACUGAAAUGACCGGCUAACUCAUAAAACUAGCCGGCUGAAAUUUUUUUUCUAAAUGUCAUGCAACACUUAGAAAAAAACUUCACCUGGCUAGUUCUAUAGUUAGCCGGUCUUGGAUUUUUUCUAAGUGUCUUAGAUUUAUCAAUUAUUUUAGUGUUGUUGAAAACAUGUUCAGCCAAUUAUACUGGUUUGAUCAAACUUUCUGUCAUCGUCGAGAUAUAGUUCUAAAAGGGCUUUAAUAUGUUGAAACUGUUCGCAAGUAUAGAGGUGUUGAUGGAUUACAGAUUCUGUGGGAUAUGAAUGUUCCUUAGUUCUGGUGUAUAAGCAGCGAUCAGUUUUGCCAAUGUACCUACUAUUACAUCCAGGGCAAGUAAAUUCAUAGACUACAGAGCUUUGAUAAGUUUUCGGGGUUUUACCUUUGCAUGAUACAAAUAUGUUGCUGUUAAUGGUUUUCCAGUUAAUAAAGAAUCGGCAUUUUAAUAUGAGGAGAGGGGUUAUUUUGUGUAUCAACGAACAAGUUAGUCUUUCACCAAAUUUGCCAAAAUAGGGUAGCUGCAACCACAUAUUAGGAGUUUUGUUUGAAUCAGUCAUUGUGGCUUCGUUGUCAUUAGAUACUGGUGGUGAUGGUUUAAAUUGGUUAAUAAGUUUUUGGGUUAAUUUGCGAGGGAAACGAUUCCAAGACAUGAAAUUUUAGAUUUGUUUUAAUUUGUUGUUCAGGAGAGUGGCAUUACUGCAGAUUUUGUAGGCGUGAUUUAUGAGAGCACGGAUCCAAGCAAUUUUUCUUGACCAGGGUGUGAAGCAUUAUAUAUGGGAGUAUUGACCAGUGUGAGUGGGCUUUCUAUAGACAGAAGUUCCAGAGGGGUGGAUUUCUCUCCCCCAUAGCUACUUUGAAGCCACUGCAAAAAUGAACGUGCGAAAUCAUUAUCUGUAGAGCAGCUAGGAAUUGUUUUGGAACCAUUUUCAUUAAUUCCAUUCAGGGCAGAUGGCAAAGUGACCAAAGUGUUGAUGGAUAUGUUCGGUUUCUUGUCAAAAUAG